AUGGACCAGCAAUCUGCAGGAACGUCCGGGGUUUCAUCCUCCGGAGGCAAAACGGUGUCAACAAGCUCAAACGCUAUUAAAACAUCCAACACAUACGAUGUGCUGAGCGAAGACAAUGGUGACGACGACGACGACAAACAGAAUCCAGCCGACGGUAUGGAAACUGAGGACGAAGCAAAGAUCAAAAACAAGAGCUCAGCACUCAACGGAAUCUACGGAGGAAUUUAUCAUUCACCUAGCAGCAGUGACACCGAGUUUAUUGACAGCUACGAAGAAUGGCUAAGAAGUGUGUUCGCGGAUGAAAGAAGGAACGUAUUCGUCGGUGACUUUAACAUUCGAUGGAAUGAACCAGGGUGUUCCAGAGAGCUAAAGAACGUUGCAGAUGCUAUGGGAAUGAGGCAGAUUGUUUUGGAAUCCACGCGCGUCGGACCGACAAGCAGCAACAUCAUUGAUCUCGUCUUCACCAACAUGGAGAAUGCAGAAGCACGUGUUGUUGAAGAACUGAAAGUGUCUGACCAUGAGACAAUCAGUAUCGCGAUUGGGAAUGACACAAUCAAUCUUCCGGAGCGAGAGGAAUCGUAUGUAAGCUGGAAGCGGUACUCCAAGGACAAGCUGCAAGAAAUUCUUCGAAGAAACAGGAGCAGUAACAGCAGGAUAGAUGAGACAAUUGGAGAAGCAUCGCGUAACUUCAGCACAAAUCUGGUGUCCGCUGUUAAAAGUUUAGUCGAUGUUCGCUGCUGUAGACGCACAGAAACAAGUGACUGGUACACUGAUCAUCUGAGGGCUAUGAAAAAUGAACGGGACAACGCGUACCGGCAAUAUAGGUGUACAAAAUCUGUUCCAGCGCUGGAGAAGUACAAGCUGUUGAGGAACGCUUACGUCCGGGGUCUGAAACAGGCGAAAAAUCAGUCGGUUGAGGAAGAAAUUAGAAGCUGUCAUGGAGAUUCUAAGAAGCUAUGGAGAUGUUUGAAAUCGCUGAUUCAGCCCGGAGGAAAGCAGCAUGCAGAAAUCGUCUUUGGAACCGGCUGCAGCGAUGCAGAAACAGCAAGGCGUCUAAACAACUUCUUUGUGGACAGCGUAGAAGAGAUUCAUGCGAAGAUUCCGCCUCCAACAGUAGUUCCAGUAGCAGUGCAGGAAGAGCCAGAAGAGUCGCUGUACGAAUUCCAACAAGUCACCAUGGCCAAACUCAAGGAUACCGUUCGAUCGCUAAAAGACUGUGCUGGCGUCGACAACGUGACAAAGCGUGUGAUGUUGGAUGCUCUGGAUGUCGUGCCGAAAUCAACGCGUCCGGAAGAUCACAGACCAAUCAACAUGUUGCCGCUGUACGAGAAGGUCAUAGAAACGAUUGUGAAAGAGCAGCUGACGGCGUUUGUGGAUCGAGCGGGAGUACUAGUUGAGGAGCAAUCUGGUUUUCGGAGACAUCAUUCUUCUAAGCUCACCAGCAACAUCAACGAGUUCAAGAGGCACUGCAAGACUUUCGUUUUACGAAUCCUGGCUGAAGUUAUCCUGGACGGUUAUCCUACGGCCGCUAACGGCGGCCAUCUUUAUGGCAACCAGGAUAACUUCUGGUUAUCCUACGGCCGAUUAUGA